GAACGGAACGCAGUGUCCGUCGUAUAGAUCGCUGGCUGGCUGUCUGGCUGAAAAUAGUGAACGAAGUAUGAGUUUUCGAAUAUGUUCGAUUAAAAAGUGAAGUGAAUUAGUGAGUGACUGUCAUCCAGCAAGAUGGUUGAUGACGUGAAUAUUGCGGAAACCGCUGAAAGUAAAGCGUCUGCAGAAGCUCUAGACAGAGCCAGAUUAGCGCGAGAAAGACGCGAAGCGGAACAAAGAAAGCGGCUUGAUGAGCUGCGAGCACACGCAGCGGCCGCGCAAGCGCAGCGGGAAAAGAGGGACGAAGAGCGACGGAAGAGGCAGGCCGAGCAGAGAGCGAGGGAUGACGACAGGAGGGUGCAGGUAGAAGAACGCAAACGAGCGAUAUGGGAGGCUUCAGUAUCGCGACGCGAAGCGUUGUUGCAACGCGAGCGCGAGCGCACGGAGCGUCUAGAGCGCGCGCGCGCCGCUCGCUCGUCGCCCCGCUCCGCGUUCGCCUUCGGAUCGUCCACCCCCCGCCUCCUCGAGCCGCUUGACUCGGCGGGAUUCUUCUGGGCCGCGCGCAGUACCAACCCCAUUGAUCAGAUGAACUUUUUUGAGUCACUGGCGGCAUCAACAACAAAUGUGAUGUUCGCGUCUGCGCCGCUCACGAGGCGCGCGUCCGCGCUGCAUCUCGACUCAGACAAUGAUAACAAAGCUUCUAUAGGAUUGAGGAUGUUUACAAGUUUCUACGAACCCGACCGACAGCCACCCGUAGCCAUGUGGUCGAGCGUGGCGCGGCGCCGCACCGACCUCGUGCCCACGCUGCCCGCGCCGCGCGCCCCAGGUAGAGCCUACUCCAUGACGCGGCUCGACAAGCUGCCGUCGCGCCCGCUCUCCGGCUCGCCCUCCAUGCACCACCUCAACAGGACCCAACCGCGCUCGGGCGACACGACGCCGGGCUCGCGGCCCGCCAGCGCGUUGUCCAACGCCGCGCCCGUGCUGCGCCAGCGGCCCGCGCGCAAGCCCCGCCCCGCCUCCAUCGCCGGCACGGGGGUCAACACGCCUAGAGGUGGGGUGGACACGAACAGCCAGAGCGCGGCGACAACGCCGUCGGUGUCGCGCGACAGCACGGUGAUGGCGGCCGCCGUGCCGCGCCGCGCGCAAACCACGCCGCGCCGCCCGCGCCCCGCCUCGCUGCACGCCUCGCGGCCAGCGACAGCAGCCUCCACGCCUAUUGCGCCGGGCGAGGGCAAGCCGCCCGUGCACAGAAAACCAAAGCCCUCCAAAGAGCACCCCAACCGCAAGUCCAUGUCCGCGUCGCCCGGCCGCGCCCUCUCGCCUUCGCCCGCGCACUCAAAGGAACCAAGCCAGGACAAAGAAAUUGUCAAGCAAAAGCCAAGUGAUAAGAAUCACGUCGACGCGCACGAAGUGAGUCAAAAGCUGGAAGCGUUACAGAUACAAAAUGGAAAUGAAAAUGCCAGACAGCCACUACACGAUAAGGUUAAUGAAAACAAAGAAAAUCUGAAUAUAAACAUAGUCAAUCCACCGGUUGCGGUAAAUAAAGUAGAAGAGGCCAAGCCUGAAAUAGUAGAAGUACAGAAGCCAGUCGAAGUGCAGAAAGUAGAAGAUAACAAACAAAUUGUAGAUGAAAUGAAAGAAAUUGUAGAACAAAAGGUAGAAAAAAUCGCAGAGAAAGUAGAAAAAGUAGAGCAAAUAAUUGAAAAGCCUGAGGAAAAGAAAGAAAUUGUUGUAGAAAAGAAAGUCGAAGAAAAGAAAGAAAAGUCAGACGAGAAGAAAGUUGAAGAAAAAAAAGAACCGUCCCAAGAAAAGGCUGAAGAAAAUGAGAUGACAGCGUCCAUGAUCUCGCGACGCAUCACCACAGAAGAAGAAGCCAAGGCCGCGCUGGCCGAGCGCCGCCGCCGCGCCCGCGAGGAGCUGGAGCGGCAGGCCGAGCUCGAGCGGCAGAGACUGCAACGCGAAGCCGAGGAGGAGGCAGAGACGCAGCGCCUCGAGGAGGAGCGGCAGCGGCGCGAAGAGGAGGAGGCCAAAGAGCUGGCGCGCCUGCAGCGGGCCGAGCAAGAGGAGAAACUUAGGAAAGCCAUCGAGGCGCAACAACAACUAGAGCGCGAGGAGGCCGAGCGCAAGGCGCGCGAAGAGGCCGAGCGAGCGGCGCGCGUGGCCGAGGAGAACGAGAAGCGGCGCCAGGCCGAGGAGGCCGAGCGGCUCCGGCGCGAGGAGCUCGAGCGCACCGAGCGCGAGCGUGUCGCGCGCCGCCAGCGCGUCGAGGCCAUCAUGGCGCGCACCAGGCUCAGGAAGGUAGGCAGACGUCGUGUGUGUCAACACAGACACAUGACGAGAGGCAGCAGGCCGAGCGGCUCCGGCGCGAGGAGCUCGAGCGCACCGAGCGCGAGCGUGUCGCGCGCCGCCAGCGCGUCGAGGCCAUCAUGGCGCGCACCAGGCUCAGGAAGGCAGCAGGCCGAGCGGCUCCGGCGCGAGGAGCUCGAGCGCACCGAGCGCGAGCGUGUCGCGCGCCGCCAGCGCGUCGAGGCCAUCAUGGCGCGCACCAGGCUCAGGAAGACACAUGACGAGAGGCAGCAGGCCGAGCGACUCCGGCGCGAGGAGCUCGAGCGCACCGAGCGCGAGCGUGUCGCGCGCCGCCAGCGCGUCGAGGCCAUCAUGGCGCGCACCAGGCUCAGGAAGGUAGGCAGACGUCGUGUGUGUCGAGACAGACACAUGACAAGAGGCAGCAGGCCGAGCAAGUGGCAGCAGCAAGAGGCUCAGGAAGGUAGACAGACGUUGCUUUUGCGUUGUGUCGACACCAAAGAGUACGACAUGCUGACAAGAAGAAGCGGCUCCGGCGCGAGGAACUACCGAGCCGAAGAAGAUAAGAAGCAACAAGAAGAGAAAGAGCAGCAGCAGGCCGGCACCGACAACGGCAACGCCGACCACAGCGCGCCCGAAGCGCCGCAGCAGGAUUCAGAAUCCACGGCCGCGGCGGAGGAGGCCGCCCCGGCGCCGGCGCCGCCCGCCGCCGCCAACAACGGCAACGUCGCGCCCGACCUGCUGGACCUGUCCGACCCACACCCGAUCGAAGACAAAUCGCAAGAGCAGCCGACGGCCAAGAUCGCAUCAAACGACAACGCCCACGCGGCGCCCAGCACCAACAACGGCAACGCCGCCAGCUUGGCGCACAUCUCCGCGUCGUUCCUGCAGGGCGAGCGCGGCGCCGAGCCGAGCGCCAAGGCCGCGCCCGACGCCUUCGACGACGACUUCUCCGCGCACAACGGCCACGCCGCGCGCCCGCACCCGCUCACGCUGCAGAACGCCAUCUAGGGCCUGGCCACGGAACUCAUCGUUCGCGCGGUGACCUUGACGAACGACAAGUCUCGGUUUAAGCUCUAUUUUUAGCCGGUCGAAAUGAUAUCUAACCGUGAGUGAUAAUCGAGAGAUGUCUCAAUGUAUAAUGUGACGCAUUUAACGAACAGAAAGCGAUUUGUAAGUCUUUGUAAAAUUAAAAAAAAACGAACACACGUGGGAUUUAUUAUUACUAAUAGGUGAAAAUUCCAUUUCUGUUCCGUUCAAUAUGUCACCCGGUAUACAUAUUGGCUGUCCAGUAGACUGAUAACGCGAAGCAUAAAUUGCUUUGUAGAUUUGUGAGUGAGAUUGAAACGUCUAUUGUCGCCGUUUAAAUAGACUAAUGUGAUGAUGAAUUGCUGGAAAUGACUUUAAAAUAAUACUAUCAAUAAUAUGAGUAAUGUUGGCAGGUAGUUACGGCACGUAAAAAAUAUGUAUUUCUCGAGUACACAUCCACUAUAGUUCGCUUUAAAAAUAACUACCAUGCGCCCUGCAAUACGCAAUGAAGUUUAUACUGUCAACAUCUAAUCGUUUUCACCUUUUUAAAGAAAUUAGAAACUGGUGUAACGUUUCUCUCAUAGUUCAUAUACAACUGAUUGGACUUGAUUUUAUAUUGUCAGUUUUCAUUUUCUAGUUAAUGGUAUAUGUUGAGUAUGUGAGAACGUACGAUGAAAGGUGCCUUGAUGUCGGUUUUAAAUUUAGUUACUAUUUCGGUGCUACAUUUUUUUAUAUCAUUUUGCAAUUAUUACAUAUAUUGGUUAGUUAUGAAAUUAAAAAAUAUAAAUAUAAUUCCAACUUAAACUAGAAGUAGAUAAGAAAUAAAAUUGAGAAUAAGUAUUGCAGUUCUAGCAGCCAAUAUGUAUGCCUUGAGAACGGGUUGUGGGGUAUCUGCUUCUCUUUUAGAUACAAACCAAAAGAUGUAACAUCUAGUAAGCUAUGCGAUUAGGACCAAACUGAGUCAGCCCACAAAACAUUUUUGCUGGAUAUAAUAAUCACGGUUGUGGAAAAUGUGUAGUUUGGCCAGUCAUUCGCAUCAUUAGGAAAAGGCAACAAAUUAAAAAAUGGUCUGGUAGAAUAUCCACAUUUUCUUUUAAAUUUCCCGCCUUUUCUAGUGACUCCAAUGGCUGCCCCCAAUAUAAUAAUAAUAUGUUAUAUCCAUUGGUAUAAAUAUCUAUUCAUAUGUGUCGUAUUACAUCUGUGGGCUUGAUGCAUCGUGAACCACGUUAAACGAAUGGUUAAAUUUAAAUAUCGAAUAUUUAAAUUUGAGAAGCAGACUGUUAGUAUGAAUAUAUAAAAAUAUUAAUGCAUUUAUAUUGCAAAUCCUUGAUUCUACUAAGAUGUUUCCAAGCUUAUCAUAUUGCUAACUUUAAGCAAAGAUAAUAAUAUAAAAAUAAAUAACAAAAUAUAAUCAUUAAUCACUGCUUAACAUUUCGAGUUAUGGGAAAUAAAAACAUAUUUUCGUACAUUAAUCAUUGAGAAUUCAUUUAGCGUAGUCGAAACAGAAAACGAGUAUGUAUCACUAGGAUCAGGGACUAACGGAAUUAAUGUCAUUAAUUUCUAUAAAUUAUCAUUAAUUGUUCACGUUUGAUAGUAUCUUUGAUAGGUUGUGUAUAAAAUGCUGUUUUUGCAGUGCGUAUUACAUUUUGUGUAAAUUAUAAUUAGUUUUUAUUUAUUGUGAUGUUUUAUUAAUGACCCGGUUGUAGGAAAUAUUUAUAAGGAAAUCAAUUUAUUACUUCGUUUCUCUUUAGAGACGGUCGGAUCCGUUUAUUGCGAGGCGCUUGUGUGGGAGCGGGGUGAAUAUAAUUCUUAGUUUUGUCCGCAUUUUGUGGCAGGAUCGCAUUCAGAUUCCAAUUGAGAUGCACUAAUUGACUUGAUCGAGACAUUUUCAGAAUCAUUUUAUAUUUCUGAUUUGGCCUCGGUCUCAUGCGGCCGACUUUCACGCUCGUUUUAAAUACGAGUACGACGUCUUUAUAUAUAUGUGCAUAUCGUUGCCGCUUUGUGUAUGCAUGUAGAAAUUAUUGGCAUCCCAGUGUUAAAGGAAAGAAAUAAAACCACGAAUCCCAGUGUAAAAAUGAAUUAACGAAGUAAAACAAAACGGUAGUAAUAAAAUAAAGGCCUGUCUUGGAAACAGAACAAAUGAAAUUAUCAAGGAAAAAUUUACUCCAUAUCGUCAAGUGACAAGCAAAACUCACUAAUUACUACAAAAUUAUUAAACAAAAAUCAACCUAAUUUUAGUGGCUACAUGGUUCAUUAUGGCUAUGAACUUGUGGUGGAUGGAAUUAGUGAGUUUUGCUUUUCCCCUGACGAUAUAUUCUUAACACUAUUCGUGAAAAAAAAGUGCAAAUUACAUUGUGAAGCCAAUAUUUUAUGAACGCUCCUGCACUAAUCAACACACACUGUGAAGAGGUGUUCAAAACCGGUUUUACUUCACAUGUAUUUUAUUCUGCUAUAGCUACAUAAUUUAUUUGUUACCAGACGAUCACACGAGCGCGAUUGGCACAUACCUACUUGGGAAAUUGUAUGUUAUCCCUUUGGUAGUUGAAGAUUCAAGUUAAGUAAAAAAAGUUAAAAAUAUAACUAUACAUUAAUAAUUUAAUUUUUGCUAUCAAGUACCAAAUGGGUCUCCAGACCAUUACCCAUAAUAACAAUUAACAAAUAGCCGUAUAAUAAUAAUUAAGUUAUUAAACGAUGCAUAAACAACUUGUAAAAUAAGUAGUUAGCGUUCAAAUAAAUACUACAUAAUUAUUUCCUAGUGCUUAUUUUAUUUAUAUUAAUUCUGUUAAGAUUUGGCAAAGUCAUACAAUUUCCAACAUUGUUUACGUAUAGCGUUUUUUUUUAUUUAUUUUAACCGUUCUAUGCUUGGAUACAAUAAAUUUAACUUUAAAUGUAACUGUAUUUAACCUAAUAAUUAUAAUAGCAACAAAUUAUCUAAUAUCAGGAACAAAGGUUCCAAAACUUGUAUAUUCCAUUCAUUUCAUUAUUCUAUUGUAGUUUAAAUUGUUUAAUAAUUUUCAACCAUCAUCGUUUUUAUGUAUUUUGAUACUAGGAAGCUGCUUUUAUACAUAUUGCUCUAUACAGCUUUUGGUUUAGAAAUCCAUGUUCUUAACCUUUGGACUGCCUUUUUCAUAUCCAAAAAUGUCACGGCCCUGCCAAGUUUAGUUAGUUCAAGCUAAAAAACGUAUAUGAUCAGGAUCACACUAAGGUUAAGGUGUUGACUGAACACGCCAUACGAGUAUCUAAUAAACACCGUUCAUGGGUUUAUAGGCGCCACAACUCACGACACCUCUUAAGGGCUUUAGGCGUUCAAAGGGUUAAGUAUUGUUAUCCUUUUGUGUGAAUCGGAAAGGCAUUAUUGUAAAACUAUUUAUAUACAUGAAUUAAAGAAGAAAAAAUGUUAGAAUUCAUCAUUUUUGUAACUCUGUUGUUAUUAUUUUUUAUGACCAUUAUAUGCUCAUUUUAGCCCUUAUUAUAUCUGAACAAUUGUGCCUGUUAUCAAAUAUAUACUUUGUAUCAUUUUUUCUGGGAUCGUCUUACAAUCAUGUUUGAUGUUUAUAACGCUCCUUUUACUUAAAUAUUAUCUAUGCUGAUGUCCUGUGUAUAGUUUCAAUUAAUGUUGUCAUAACCGCAAAAUCAUUUGAAUAGGUGGCUAGUCCUAUUAAGGACCAAAAUAUUAGACCAUGUGAAACCGUAACUCAACGGUGUCGUAAUGCCGUCUAAGAUUUUGGGAUAGGAUAUAUCUUUUUGUAUUGACGGCCUGAAGAAAGGUAUCUUUUUGUUCAUUUUGAUAUAGUUUUUUUUCAUUAUCACUCAUCAUUAUACCUGUAUUUAUAUCACUCGAGACAUGGCUUCUAUGUACGAUCUAUUCUAUAUUAUGUUAGCAAUCGAUGGAUUUAUAAGGAGAAAGUUUUAAUAAAAAAUAUUAUGAAAUUUA